AUGGGUACAAUUUUUCAAGAUACUGGUGGUGAAACAAAUUCUCAACAGUUGAAAAGUUAUUUUGUGCCACAACUUUCUGUUUCAAAUUGGCUUAAUAUAUCAAUUGGACUUUUACUGUCUAUGAAAAUAAUACGUGAAACACCUCCAUCAUCACCAAUGAAAACACCCUUACUCAUCGAUAUACUUUCAUUUAUUAAAAAUUGGAUAUCUGCUUCAAAUCGUCUUAAACCACCCAAAAAAACAAGUGUUGAACUAACUACAUUGUUGAACACUCAAUUCCACAUACCUAUUAAUUUUCCAACUGAUGUAAAUGAACAAUUAUCGUUUAUUAUUCAUAAUAUUCUUCUUCCAAUCAUUUCUUAUUCAAUAUCUGUUAAUAAAAUUUAUCGUUGUACUUCUUGCAAACAUACUAUUAAUGUAAGAUUUAACAUAAAUUAUAUUGAAAUUAGCAUGGUUGAAAAUCAAUUUCGUUUAAAUCAACAAUUGGCCAAUUACUUUGCUAACAAUUCAUCUGAUCAUAUAUGUGAUAAAUGUUCUAUGUUGAUGUCACGACAAAUUAAGAUUUCUGAUUGUCCUCCUAUAAUUAUUUUAAAAAUUAAUGAUACGAAAAAUUCAACAAAUUUAUUAUCCAAGCCUCCACAUACAGUUUGUUUUUAUCCAUUUAUGGAUGAUUCUUGUAUUGGUUGCUCAUCAUCAAGUGUUUUUGAUAUAGUUGCUUUUUUAUCGGUGAUUCCUGAUACUCAAAAUAAAUUGCUCGAUACGAAUAUUGAAAAUGUUGACAACGAAAAUUCAAAUUUGCAAUGUACACCAACAAUCUCAACUUCUCAACAGAUAACAACAUCUAUAACCUCUAGUUCCGUUCUACUCAAUCAGCCGGUACCAGUACGUCUACUCGAUAAAUCUACAAACAAAUUAACUAUAGGAUCUAUUCGAUCAUUAACAAUUAUUCCCAAAUAA